AUGUCCAAGAGAGGACGUGGAGGAGCGUCUGGAGCCAAAUUCCGCAUAUCCCUUGGUCUCCCUGUUGGAGCCGUUAUUAACUGUGCUGAUAACACCGGCGCCAAAAAUCUUUUUGUCAUCGCUGUAUAUGGAAUUCGUGGACGAUUGAACCGACUUCCCAGUGCAGGAGUUGGUGAUAUGUUUGUUGCGUCAGUAAAGAAGGGAAAGCCAGAACUCCGAAAGAAGGUUCUUCAAGCAGUGGUCAUUCGGCAGCGCAAGUCGUUCAGGCGAAAGGAUGGAACGUUCAUUUACUUUGAGGAUAACGCAGGAGUGAUCGUCAAUAACAAAGGAGAAAUGAAAGGAUCGGCUAUCACAGGACCUGUUGCUAAGGAAUGUGCAGAUCUUUGGCCUAGGAUCGCUGCCAAUGCUGGUUCUAUUGCUUAA